AUGGCAAAUACUGUGCAACAAGUACGAAUACUUCUCCUUUUGGAAAUACUAUUGACAGUUCAAACAAGCGCAGUACCUCUUAUGCAGAUUGAGUUACAAGAGCUUGCUAACUCGCUAGAAAUUCGUGUUAAAGUCGUUGAUAACCUUCGCCAUGACGGCCAAAAUCACAUUGUCCAAACGUUUAUCAAAAACUCCGGGCAUUCGCCAAUACCCGACUCUGGUUGGACGCUAUACUUUCAUAGCAUGCUUCCAGUUUUUCCUGACAUAUUAUUGCAGAAAGGAAACAAAACAGUGGACCUUCAUGUUGAGAAAGUCCGAUUUGGUUUAGUCCAAGGAGACUUGUUUUACAUGGAACCAAUCGAAGGUUUUGUUCCUUUGAAAGCUGGAGAAGAACGCAAGUAUAAUGUUAUUGUAAAUCUGUGGGCUGUGUCCAGAACGGAUUUCAUGCCUUUAUGGUAUGUAGUGUCAGAAGAUAAAAGUGUUCAGCCAUACAUUGUCCACUCUACUUCAUCUUUCGACCUUGGUUACGUCCGACCUUUUAAAGACGUUAGACAGUGGAAACGACAGAGAGGAGACCAGUAUAACCCUUAUACACCAGAGGACAGGCUGGCGAGACUCAAGUUUACUGAUACUGGAAAGACAAAGCUGAUUAUUCCAACACCGAAAAACACACGUAUUGACGACACAGUCAAGCUAAGUUCAGUUGAUACGUCAUGGGGAAUACUUGUCGAUGAAAUAUAUUUCAACGAAACAGCUCUUUUCUUAAAAGAGCUGUACGAUUUCAAUUUCAUUUCAAAUGGGUCCUCAAAUUCGAUUGUACUCUCGAGGAACAACACAUUCUCGAAACAGGGAUACAGUGUUAUUGUAUCACCAGAACAGGACAGAAUAUUUCUCCAGAGUAACACUUCACAUGGAAUGUUUUACGCGAUCCAGUCACUGCGAGCGAUUCUUGAAGAAUACAACAGCACAAACAUUCCAUCAAUUGUUAUCGAGGAUGAGCCGAGGUUCGAAUGGCGAGGGAUGCAUUUGGACGUUGCGAGGAAUUUUCACUCAGUUGGCGACGUGAAGAGGUUGAUACAGGCCAUGUCCAUGUACAAGAUGAACGCCUUGCAUUUGCAUCUCACAGAUGAUGAGGGAUGGAGGUUGGAGAUUGAUGGACUUCCAGAGCUCACUGACGUGGGUGGGAAACGAUGCCACGAUUUGAAUGAAACACGUUGUGUCAUCCCUCAGUUCGGCUCGGGACCGUUUGCAAACACUUCAGGGUCUGGGUAUUAUACAAAAAACGACUAUCGAGAUAUACUUAGAUUUGCGAACACACAUUUUGUCACAGUUAUACCGGAGUUUGAUAUGCCAGGCCAUAGUCAUGCAGCAAUUGUUUCGAUGGAACAAAGGUACCGCAAGUAUAUUGAAGCUGGAAACCAAACUGCAGCAGAAGAGUUCCGAAUUAUAGAUCCCGAUGAUACAACGUUUUACACAUCUAAUCAAAACUGGAGAGACGAUGUAAUAAAUCCAUGCAUUGAAUCUACAUAUGCAUUGAUUGGAAAGGUAAUGGAGAGAGUAAAUGCGCUGCAUGAAGAUGUGCAGCCACUUCUGUUUUAUCAUUUUGGUGGAGACGAGGUGCCUCAAGAAGUUUGGUCGAAAUCACCAAAAUGCGAAGAGCUCUUGCAUCAGAAUUCUGCAUUGAAUGUCACACAUGGCUUAAAAAACUACUUUGCGAAGCGAAUUGCCGCCCUGGCCGCUGUAAAAAACAUGUCUCUUGGGGGAUGGGAAGAUGGGUUUACCGACGGACAACCGCGACCUGCACCAAUACAUACGGACCAAAUGUCCGGAGUCGAGCUCUACGUUCAUCCUUGGAACAAUAUUUGGGAAUGGGGUGGCGGCAGUAACGCUUAUGAAUACGCCAAUGCUGGAUAUAAGUUCUGUCAACGCUGCUAA